AUGAGGCUGAAUGUGAUGUGUGAAGCAAGCGACCGAGCAAGCAUCCGGCAGUCGAGAGACGAGCGAGCAAGCGACAAGUCGUGUACGAAAGUGCGUGUGGAAAGAAGUCUGGACUUGGUGGCAGAGGACGUUUCGGUGCGACGACUGUACGGAUUCUACAAAUUGGCACAGCCGAUGAAUGACGAAGCUGGACGUUGGUCGAUUGCGCCAUUCAAUGAUGCGGUGGAUGCUCAGGACCUACGAAGGGAAUGGGAAGAGUGGCACAGAUCAUUCGAGCUCAUGAUUGAGAUGAAGAAAGUUCAAUCACAGCAUGAGAAGUUGGUGACAAUGUUAUGUUACGGCGGCAGAGGUUUGCAACGCAUCUUCCAUAAUUUGAAACCCGUUCCGGAGGAAAUCGUUCCAGAACCAGUGCGAGUACCGUUGAUGCCGCCAGAGUAUCCCGAAUAUGACAAUGCGAUCAAGCGAUUGGAAAAGUUUUUCAUUGGAAAGAGAAAUGAUCGCAUUGAACUCGAAGUUUUCCGAUCAUUGAAACAAGAAGGAGACGAAUCCUUCAACAAAUUUGUACUUCGCUUGCGUACACAAGCGGCCCGUUGUGAAUUCGGAGAACGCGAGGAGAUGGAAAUUCUACACCAAAUCACAAUGGGAGCUCGAGAUGAGCGUGUCCGAGAUAAAGGUCUGGAGAGUGUAAUGGAUUUGGACGAUUUGACAAGCUACGCGAUCAACCGUGAAAUUUUAGUGCAGCAGAGGGAGAAAACGAAACCAUUCCGACAGGAAGCAGUCGCUGUGGUGAAGCAAGAGUGGCCUCGCCGAUCAGCAACCUUCAAUCGCAAUCAAGACAGUUCCAGGUUCAACAAAGUGCAGGACAGGCUUCGCCGUCCAACGGAUCGCAAUGGCACAAAGUUCAUCAAACAGGAGGUAGUAAAUCGUAGAAGCAGUGAAUGUGAUCGAUGUGGUUCAUGGAAACACGGCGGUAGUUAUCCUCGAUGCCCGGCGCUCGGAUCACGCUGCCACCAGUGCGGCACUACUGGACAUUUUUCACGAAAGUGUCGAAAAGUUCACACAGGACCACGUAGAUCUGCUUGGAAGCCGCCAGCACUGGAGACGAAUGCGGUACCGGGCCCGGAUGAUUGGGAGGAGGAAAUGCCACGUCGUCCAAAGCCAGAAGACAUUGCAAAGGUGAACAAAAUCUGUUCAGAACUCAAGGAAGGGCUUAUCAUAUGCAAGGUGGAUAAACUUCCGGUUCAGUUCCUGAUAGAUUCAGGAUCAGCAAUCAAUGCGGUUACUGAGGAGGUUUGGAAGAGCCUUGUUGAAGCUGAAGCAAAGGUGUACAACAUUAAGCGGAAAAGUGAGCGUAACUUCACAGCAUAUGCCAGCAGCGACUCCCUGUGUGUAUUAACUACCUUCGAAGCCAACAUUUCGGUAAAUCCAUCAAAGCCACACAGUUACGCUGAGUUUUUUGUGAUCAAAGGAGCGACCAAGUCAUUGUUGAGUAAGAGGACCUCCGAAGACCUUCGUGUACUGAAAGUUGGGUUAGAUGUCGACCAUGUUGAAACCGCGAUGGAGGCCGACGUUAAGCCGUUCCCAAAGUUUCCGAACGUGCAAAUAAAACUUUCUAUUGACGAGAGUGUAACGCCGAGGCGUAUCUCGUACUUGAGGGUCCCAGCGGCAAUGGAAAAAAAGGUCGACGAGAAAAUACUAGAAAUGUUGCGGACAGAUGUCAUAGAAAGAGUAGAUGGACCACCGGAAUGGAUUUCUCCAAUGGUGGUUGUCCCAAAAGGCAAGAAUGAUGUCCGCCUAUGCAUCAACAUGAAAUAUCCAAACGAGGCUAUUCAACGUGAGCACUAUCCGCUCCCAGUUAUUGAUACAUUUCUGAAUAAGUUGAGAGGAUCGAAGUUUUUCUCAAGGCUGGACAUAACUUCCGCGUUUCACCAUAUAGAACUGCAUCCUGAGUCAAGGGGAGUGACCACGUUUAUGACAGGAAGAGGAUUGAUGCGAUUUAAGAGGUUGAUGUUUGGUAUAACAUGUGCACCAGAAAUCUUCCAGCGAGUGAUGACCGAGAUGCUGACUGGGAUAGAUGGAGUUAUUGUGUACAUCGACGAUGUUGUAGUAUCCGGAAGGACUCUAGAAGAGCACGACGAACGAUUGCAAAAAGUUCUGUCAGUCUUGGACAGUAACAAUGCUUUGCUCAACCAAAGCAAAUGUGCUUUCCGAGUAGAAGAACUUGAAAUACUGGGUUUCAAAGUAAGCGCGAAAGGUAUCAGCCCCUCAGAUGAAAAGAUUCUAGCCAUCACGAACUUCCGCAAGCCGGAAACAAAGGAGGAAACCCGCAGCUUUCUAGGGCUGAUCAACUUUGUCGGCCACUUCUUUCCUCGUUUAUCGACAAGGACCGAACCCUUGCGGCAAUUCAUUCGAGGCGAGGUGGUAUCGUUUGGAGAGGAGCAAGAGAAGGCUUUCAACGACCUACGGGAUGAAUUGUCCAACAGUGUGCGAAGGCUGGGUUUCUUUGAUCCCGAAGAUGCAACCGAGCUCUAUGUCGACGCUUCUCCGGUCGGACUUGGAGCAGUCCUGGUCCAAAGAGACACAAUGGGACUAGCACGAAUUAUUAGCUUCGCUUCAAAAGGGCUAACUGCUGCUGAGAGAAAUUACCCGCAAACCCAGCGCGAGGCUCUUGCCGUUGUAUGGGCCGUCGAGAAAUUUUACUUCUACUUGUUUGGAUUGCACUUCACGAUAUUCACGGAUCACAAAACCCUAGAGUACAUUUUUGGCGGGAAACACCAAACAGGGCGCCGUGCUUGCUCAAGGGCUGAAAGCUGGGCCCUACGUUUGCAACCCUAUGAUUUCGAAAUGAAAUAUCUUCCUGGGACCGCUAAUAUCUCAGAUGUCCUAUCACGUCUCAUCACACAAGAAGAUCCUGCAUUCGAUGACAGUACGGACCAUUUCUUGUUUGCCGUAGGGGAAGGCCCGACGGCGAUUUCCUUGGCCGAAAUCAAGCGUGAAACUGAAAAAGACGAAACUCUCACGGCUGUCAUCAAAGCAUUGGAAACUGGGGAAUGGCCAGUUGACUUGUAUCGUUAUCAGGCGUUUAAAAGAGAACUAGGAACCGUUGAAGGGAUAGUGAUCCGAGAUGAAAGAAUUAUCCUACCACUCAAGUUAAGAGCAAGAGCACUGGAAAUCGCUCACCGGGGUCAUCCAGGCGUGGUUUCUAUGCGUCGAAAUCUCAGGGAAAGAGUUUGGUGGCCUUGUAUGGAUAAUGAUGUCACUAGCAAAAUCCAGCAAUGUCAUGGAUGCGCAGCAGUCAGCAGACAAAAUCCACCUGAGCCAAUGAUUCGGACGGAAAUGCCGGAACGAGCAUGGCAGCAACUCGGAAUCGAUUUUUUCUCGGCCAAAGAGUGUGCAACAUUCCUGGUGAUUGUUGACUACUUCAGCAGAUUUCUCAAAGUUAUCGAAAUGAAAGGGACAACAGCAUCAAAAACAAUCGACGCGCUCGAGGCUGUAUUCAUCGAACAAACCUACCCUGAAGCGAUCCGUAGCGAUAAUGGGCCGCCUUUCACGAGUGAGGAAUUUACAGGCUACUGUACGAAAAAGAACAUCAAGCUUAUUCACACCAUCCCUUAUUGGCCGCAGAUGAACGGUUUGGUAGAACGCCAAAAUCGAGGAAUUUUGAGGGCAUUGCGUAUUGCUAAAGCAACAGGUGCAGAUUGGCGGGCUGCUGUUAAAGAAUAUGUGUAUAUGUACAACACUACUCCACACUCAGUCACCGAAAAAGCACCGUUGGAGUUACUUACAGGCCGUCCGGUGAAGGAUUUGCUCCCGUCCUUGUUAACAGAACCCGGAUCUCGUCGUGAUGAGGGAGUACGGGACGCCGACGCGAUGAAGAAGCUAAAAGGCAAACUAGCUGCGGACGAAGAACGUCAUGCGAAACCAUCGGAUAUUGAGAUAGGAGAUUCAGUCAUGCUCAAGAACUAUGAUACCGGCAAGGUGGAACCCAAAUUCCAAUUGGAACGUUUCACAGUCGUAGAGCGGACUGGCAGUUCGGUGGUUGUUGAGAGUGCAGAGGGUGUGCGCUACCGCAGAUGUGUAACACAUCUGAAGAAAUGGCCGGAGACGACGGAAGAACCUUCGGCGGCGCCGAUGCCGGAGAGAUUGGAGCCGGAGGUUUCAAAACCGGUGGAGACCAAUGCAACAAAGACGGCUAAAGCGAAGCGGAAUACUGAAGUGCAACUAGAAGCAUCUUCAUCUAAGCGCCCGGCUAGAGUGAUCAAAAUGCCAGCUCGAUUCAACUCGUAAUCAUUUUGAUGUGCAGCGUUUUAAGUUAUGCGAUCGAUCAGAAUUAAAAUGAAUUUUUCUUCCUUUACUCAAGAUUUCACAUGUUUUCAAUU